UAAAUUUCUCUAUGUACCUAGGUAGUUUUUAUCUCCCAAAACCUAAUUAAAAAUACCGAACAAGCAAUUAUUUCCCAAUCUAUAAACAGUUAUUUCGAUCAUCUUCACGUAUUUGUCUAAAGCGCAAAAUACUUGUAGCAGGGCUGUCAAACUUUUCAUGCUAUCGAUUUUCUAGGAUCGGCCCCUAAAUUUUGAUUUCAAGAUUAGAAGUGGAAACGAGGCAGCAAAAUGACGGACUCAAAAUAUUUCACGACUACUAAGAAAGGCGAAAUAUUUGAGCUAAAAUCUGAGCUAAAUAGCGACAAGAAAGAAAAGAAAAAAGAGGCAGUUAAAAAGGUCAUAGCGUCGAUGACAGUAGGAAAAGAUGUGUCAGCAUUGUUCCCCGAUGUUGUGAACUGCAUGCAGACAGACAACCUGGAGCUUAAGAAGCUGGUCUACUUAUACUUGAUGAACUACGCUAAGUCUCAGCCUGACAUGGCUAUCAUGGCAGUAAACACUUUUGUCAAGGAUCUACCAACAUACCAGCUUGUUAAGGACUGCGAGGAUUCGAACCCGUUGAUCCGUGCGCUGGCGGUGCGCACCAUGGGGUGCAUACGUGUGGAUAAGAUCACCGAGUAUUUGUGUGAGCCCCUGAGGAAGUGCUUGAAGGACGAAGACCCGUAUGUGAGGAAGACCGCGGCUGUGUGUGUCGCCAAGUUGUAUGACAUCUCGUCUAGUAUGGUUGAAGAUCAAGGAUUCUUAGAUCAGUUGAAGGACUUGCUUAGCGACUCGAACCCCAUGGUGGUAGCGAACGCAGUGGCGGCUCUCUCGGAGAUCAACGAGGCUAGCGUGUCCGGGCACCCACUUGUAGAAAUGAACGCGUCCACAAUCAACAAACUCCUGACAGCUCUGAACGAAUGCACAGAGUGGGGCCAAGUGUUCAUACUGGACGCGCUGUCGAACUAUUCUCCCAGAGACGCUCGAGAGGCGCACUCCAUCUGCGAGAGGAUAACUCCACGCCUCGCUCACGCUAAUGCUGCCGUCGUGCUCUCAGCUGUGAAGGUGCUGAUGAAGCUGAUGGAGAUGGUGUCAGAAGACACGGAGCUGGUCAGCACGCUGUCCCGCAAGCUGGCGCCGCCGCUGGUGACGCUGCUGAGCGCGGAGCCCGAGGUGCAGUACGUGGCUCUCAGGAACAUCAACCUGGUGGUGCAGAAGCGGCCCGACAUCCUCAAGCACGAGAUGAAGGUGUUCUUCGUGAAAUACAACGACCCAAUCUACGUGAAACUUGAGAAAUUGGACAUUAUGAUCCGGCUGGCCUCUCAAGCUAACAUCGCCCAAGUGCUGGGUGAACUGAAGGAAUAUGCCACUGAAGUGGACGUGGACUUCGUGAGGAAGGCUGUACGAGCGAUCGGUCGCUGCGCCAUCAAGGUGGAACCGUCAGCCGAGCGUUGCGUGUCAACUCUCCUCGAACUGAUCCAGACGAAGGUGAACUAUGUGGUGCAAGAGGCGAUAGUGGUGAUCAAGGACAUAUUCCGCAAGUACCCCAACAAGUACGAGAGCAUCAUCAGCACGCUCUGCGAGAACCUCGACACGCUCGACGAGCCCGAGGCCCGGGCUUCUAUGGUGUGGAUAGUGGGAGAAUACGCCGAGCGUAUCGAUAACGCGGAUGAGCUUUUGGACUCGUUCCUCGAAGGGUUCCACGAUGAAAAUUCUCAGGUGCAACUGCAGCUGCUGACGGCGGUGGUGAAGCUGUUCCUGAAGCGGCCGGCCGACACGCAGGAGCUGGUGCAGCACGUGCUCAGCCUGGCCACGCAGGACUCCGAUAACCCGGACCUUAGAGACCGCGGCUUCAUAUACUGGCGCCUACUAUCCACGGACCCAGCGGCCGCCAAAGAAGUCGUCCUGGCCGACAAACCCCUCAUAUCAGAGGAGACUGACUUACUGGAGCCGACUUUGUUGGACGAGCUGAUUUGUCACAUCAGUUCACUUGCUUCUGUCUACCAUAAACCGCCUACUGCGUUCGUUGAAGGUCGCGGCGCGGGCGUGCGUAAGUCGCUGCCGGCACGCGGCGCCGUAGCCGAGGAAGCCCAUUCGCAGCCCACUGUCAUACCCAAUCAGGAGUCUCUGAUCGGCGAUCUAUUGUCUAUGGACAUCGGCGCUCCGGCGGCGCCCGCGCCGGCCUCCAACUUGGACCUGCUCGCCGGCGGACUCGAUGUCUUGUUGGGGGGCGGAGCGCCCGCGGAGCCGGCGGCGAACACUGCGGGGCUGCUGGGGGACAUCUUUGGAGUCCCCGCCGCCCCCGCCUGCUAUACCCCGCCCAAACAAUGCUGGCUGCCCGCGGAUAAAGGCAAGGGGCUAGAGAUCUGGGGCACGUUCAGCCGGCAGAACGGCCAGCCGCGCAUGGAGAUGACGUUCAGCAACAAGGCCAUGCAAGCCAUGACCGGUUUCGCCAUACAACUCAACAAGAACAGUUUUGGCGUAUACCCAGUUGGUGGGUUGUCAGUGGGCGCGCUAGCGGCCGGAGCGACGGCGGAGGCCGGGCUGGCGCUGGCCAGCAGCGGGCCCGUGCAGCGCAUGGAGCCGCUCAACAACCUGCAGGUGGCGAUAAAGAACAACGUGGACGUGUUCUACUUCGCGUGCCUCAUCCCAGCCCACAUCCUGUUCACCGACGACGGACAGAUGGACAAGCGACUGUUUCUUUCCACCUGGAAAGAGAUCCCCGCAGCCAACGAAGUCCAACACACGUUGUCCAACGUUGUCGGGAACGCUGACUCCGUGGCACAGAAAAUGACCCUAAACAACAUAUUUACAAUCGCAAAGAGAAACGUCGAAGGACAAGACAUGUUGUACCAAUCAUUGAAACUCACCAACCAAAUCUGGGUACUUCUAGAACUGAAGUUACAGCCAGGGAAUCCUGAAGCCACUUUGAGCCUAAAGUCCAGAACUGUAGAGGUCGCUACUUGCAUAUUCCAAGCGUACGAAGCCAUCAUCAAGUCGUAAUCUCACAAUUUAUUUUUAUGUAUAUUUUGGUCUAAGAUAUAGUAUCCUAUUUAUGUGUAUUACGAAGACUUUGUACGACUGUAAAUUCCAUUAAGUAUUAAUGUUAAAUGAAAUUAUAUUGUAGUCCAUAGCGGAUGUGUGAUAUUAUUCAAAAAUCACUGUGCUAUGUUUAUUAAUAGCGUUUAUUGAAUAAAUAUUAUGUUAUACAUUACAAA